CUUGAGAAUCCUUGUUACCCAUCAGUAGUAUUGUAGUCCAGUCCAUCGGAAGGCAAGGAUGGGUUUUAUGUUACAAUUUCGAGGUUAGGUCUGAGUUUUACACCUUGAAAAGGAUUCCACAUCUGUGUUUGGAAAUUCGGAAACUUGAUACAAGUAUCUUCAGAAAUGCCUUCCGGACAGUUCCAAGUAUCAAACCCUAGGUUCCACCACAGCCGUUACAGUCUGACAGACAGCUCGGACCAGGACCAAGAGGAGGAUGAAGAGGCAGAUACCCCACUGCGCAUUACCCCCCUGCAGAAGCUCACAAUAGAAAUGCACAAGAAUGAGAGGACCAUCAAGGAAUUGAUCAUAGGACGCAGGGUGGGCUUCUACAAGGUUCGAGGAGAGAUUGGUCACGGGACGUUCUCCAGAGUCAAAAUGGCUUUUCAUGCUCUGACUAGAGACAAAGUGGCACUUAAGAUCUUGGACAAGACGAGGCUUGACACGCAAGCCCAGCGACUUCUCUCCAGGGAAGUCAGCAGCAUGGACUCCAUGCAGCACCCCAAUGUGAUCCGCCUCUAUGAAGUGGUGGAGAUGCCGAGCCGUCUCUACCUGGUGUUGGAAUAUGCCGGCGGGGGGGACCUACACAACAGGAUCUGCAACGAAGGAAAACUUGCUGAGAACACCAGCAAGAUCACCUUCUCACAGAUGCUGUCUGCCAUCAAAUAUAUGCACAAUAUUAACAUCAUCCAUCGGGACCUGAAGGCAGAGAAUGUUCUGUUCACCACCAGUGGCUGUGUGAAAGUGGCAGACUUUGGAUUCAGCACGCAGAUUUCAAACCGAAAUGAUGCCCUCGACACUUUCUGCGGUUCGCCGCCAUAUGCCGCCCCAGAGCUCUUCAGGGAGGAGUGCUACCUGGGCCCCCCAGUGGAUGUGUGGGCAAUGGGGGUCAUUCUUUUUUUCAUGGUGACCGGUACCAUGCCAUUCCGUGCUGAAACCAUGGGCAAACUGAGACGCUGCAUCAUCCAAGGCCUCUACACUAUCCCUCCCUGGGUUCCUGGUCCUUGUCAGAGGCUCAUCAGGGGCAUCUUGAAGCCAGAGCCCGGUGAGCGUUAUGCAGUUGACCAGAUGCUGGGCUGCGAUUGGCUUUUACCAGUGGAGUUUCCCUGGUCGUUGGCCUCUCAGGAGACAGCGAGCCCUCUCCAAGGAUCUGAGCGAAGGGACAUUGUGGAAGAGGAUGAAAUGGAGGAGGUCAGAAGCUCACUGGAGAAGCUUGGGAUCACCUCAGAACACUUACGGAACAAUCAGCUCAACAACAGCCGUAGCCCUGUCACCGGGGUCUAUCGAAUCCUGCUGCACCGGGCCCAGAGGAGGCGGGGCUGCGACAGUCUGCCCGUGGUCCGAGGGAUGGUGCGGGACCCCAAGCGGGAGGGGCUUCGAGCAUAUCGGGGUCUCAGGCACACUUCCAAACUCUGUGUGCUUUCAUAGGCUUCUUAAGCAGUUUUAAAAAAUAUACAGUGCAUACAAACAUUAUGAUUUUCUAUUAACAUUAACCUAAAUAUGUUUGCACUUUGUGAAUUAUUCAUACUGAGAUAUGACAUCCUUGGGGCCACUUUUUUUUAAGACUUUCAAAGAAAGUGCCUGAUUAAGCCUACUCCUUAGAAGUAUACAGUAUGUAUAUUGUGACACAACAAACAAAAUGUUAUUCUCUCUUCUGUUAAUUGCAUGCAAUGGGUUAGAUUUGCCAUACCAGCAUAGCAAAAAUCAGCAUGACAAAUGAUUUUUUUGUCUUAUCUAGCGUUUUUUAUUUCUUUAUGAAAAAAAAUGCUGCACUCAAUUAAAGCUUAAAAGGUAGAAAAAGCAUCAUGCAGGUCUUAUUACAGCAUGGAGCAGCUGAAACUGCUUAUUUUAUGGAUCCUUUACCAAAGUUUCAGCAGGUUGCUGUGAGUAAAUAGUAGUCCAGACAGCAGCUGGCAGGACACCAGAUGAUACAUGGGAGGACUCCCAUUUCCACAACCGGUCCAAACCAGCUAGACCCAACCAGAUCCUUGCCCUAUUGGCAAGGCAGUGCAAACUAAAACCGUAGCUCCUCCCCUCCCAGCCUUGACUGACCUGCACCUGCAGGGAUGGCAGAUGGCUUGGCUGCAGAGACAUCUGCAGGCCAGACAAUAGGAGCUGUGUGCGGGACGCUGGGGCUGACAGGCCCAGAGCUGCGCCAUUGUGCACCAGGCUUUACACAUGGAGAUUAGACGAGAGGGAAAGGAGGGGGUCUUUUUUUGUUCUUUUUAUGCUGCAGGGGACAACAACGGGGAGCAGAUGACAGACCAGAGCCCCUUUCAGACAAAUUUGCUGUGCUUUAAACUUUUGUUAGCACAAGCCUGAUAACCCUCCUCUUUAGCCCACUCAACUAUACACACACACACACGAUAUCUACCAGAGAAAAUGCAUACACAAGAUCCUUAUUAUCUCAGUUUAUUUCCACUUGUAAUUUUACAACAAUUUCUUUAACACAUUUUUCAACAAUGACUAAUUCUUCAGUAUAUAACUAAAAGUCUUUAUAUCUAACAUUCAAUUAUGUCAAGCAUAUUCUAAAGUGAAACCUUUAGAGAAUAGUUUAGAAUAGGGUUUUUUUUUGUUUGUUUUUUGUCGCUAAUUUCUCCAGCGAUACCUUUUGAGAAUAUAACACUGUUUUUACUUUGACAUUUUGGAAUUUACUUUUUUCAAUAGUUGCACAAGUUAAGUUCUUUUUUGCCGUUAUUAUAUUUCAGCCUUAUUCUAAAGUGAAACCUUUAGAGAACAGACAUACAUUUUUUAAUAUAUAUAUUUUAGCAUGAUUUUGUCGUUGUUAAAUUUCUAAAGUGAAACCUUUAGAGAAUUAAGACAAUUCUGGAAAGUGGGAAACGUUUCCGCUGACUGCAACUGUUGUCAUGUUGCUCAGCCAAGAGGCCAUCAUUAAAAAGUCCUUUUUUUAACAAGUCCUCUUCCUCAGCACCGCUUCUUCUCCUGCUGCGCGUGCUUCUCCUUCCUCUCCAAACCUCAUCCGCACAAAGAAUGAGGGUCGAUGUGUCGCUCUUGAGGCAUACCUGACCUCAUUCACACAAAGAAUGAGAGUCAUCUUGGCAUGGACGGGACAAGAGGCGACGGUUCCACGGGGGCCCCCUCGGGCCGGCGCCGUGCUGCCUGGAUCGGGGAAUCCUCCUCAGGAGUAUCCAGGGAUGAGCAGAAACAGGCUCAUCCUGUCCAUCAGGAUGAGUAUUUCCAGAUGAGAAGCUUGACAGCAUCUGAGACAAGACAGGAGCCCACAUCAGCGUCCGGGGAGGCUGAUCUCGGGGACCCAGUCGUUCAGACGCCUGCUCUCCUCGCAGAACAGGUGCAGCUUCUCCAGAGCCGGGUCCUCCCAAGAACCAUCAGCUGGGUUCUGUUCAAACAAGAAGAGGAGACAGGAUUUUGACAUGCGCUUUCUCUUACCCAUGCACAGUGGACUAAAGACUAUGACUGUUUUUUUUUAACUUUAUUUCCUGUCUGUAUCCAACUCAUGUGUCGUCCAAAUCCCGCAUUCCAUAAUUUGAGUGCUACUUGCAUUCAAACUGAGAAAUAAUUACCCGGAUAUAAUUAGUGAAAAAAGGAAGUGGAAAAUAUUGCUACCGUCAUUUCCGGUAAGUAUGCAAGAGCAGUAAUCAAUUUGGGACAGCACUACACUGUAAAAAUUCACGCCCUCUGCAACUAAGUACAAAACGUACAUAUAUACAUAUUUAAGUGUAAGUGGUGACUGACACAUACAUUAGUUUCAGUUCCAGGAACACUGCGUUUCUCUUUAAUCGCCAUUUCUCGCGACGGUGGACGCUAACAAGCUGAAAUGGUGGUUGCUAACUGACUAACUAACUAACACAGCGCCCCUAACGUUUGGGCGUGUGAGCUGCACGUACCGUGAUGAGGACACAGUGGGCGUCUUCGAGCUGCACCGACUUGUCAGCGACAAUCUCAGCCAGACGCUGCAUGUCGCUCACUCUGACGAUGCUGAUGUCGUUGUCGAAGCAGAAGGACUGGAUGAGGGUGAAGUGGAUCUGCAGAGCAAUGUCACAUUCGAACUCCUCGUCCGUGGCCAGCACGCAGAAAGACACGCUGUCUGGAUCGCUGCGCAAAAUAAAAAUGAACUGGGUUAGAUAUCACCUGUAAAGAUACAGGAUGGUGAUGUGAAUUCACCUCAGGUGCAAUACUUACAGAUUCAUCACUUUUGCACACUCGUAGACGCCCACGGUGAGGGAGUCGUUGUCUUUGGCGGCCAUCAGCACCUCCUCCAGGGCUUUUCCGGUGCACUGAGCACGCUCGGUGGGUUUCUGAGUGAGAACUUCCUCAAGAGUCAUGCUGAUGACGGUUUGAUUCCUCAAAAAAGCAGAGAGGGAGCUUGGAAGCUUGGUUUUGAGUAUAUCCGUAGAAAGAGCGGAAUGUCCUCUCCUCCGAGCCUUCCACUCCUUUUAUACACAGCAGCUCGCGCGAGGGCAGUGAAAGAGCUGCUCUCUGAUUGGCUGCAGCUCCUCAAUGCAUUGGUAUGAUAAUACUAUUGUCACGCUUCUGGCUCGUGGCAGAUUGAUGGGGGUCAUCGCGCCACGCACCCCCUGAACCCCCCUCGUUUUGUGUGUGUGCAACAAUAUUUUCUUUUCUUUUUUUGUGCGGGCAACUGAAUGCAGUACAUAAAUAUUACACUCACAUGCAUUAUACUGUAUGCAGUAUUUGUCUUGUAUGAUUGUAAAAAAAAAAGCAUUUAAAAGUUUUAACUAUCUGCUGUCCAGAGAAAGGGCAGGUGGACGGUGCCAUCUGUGCCCCUAUUGUGUGUGUGUGUGUGUGUGUGUGUGCGCGCGCGCGCGCAGAAGCCUUCUAUUAUCAGAGCACCCAUACAAAUGCAAAUGAGCAGCGCGUGCCAGAACCUUGUGCGUGCCUUUCACGCAGACCACGUGAUAAUCAGCUGUCCGCAAAAAUCCUUGCAUGCUUUUUUUGGGGACACAAAAUGUAAUGCAAAUGUGCAUGCAUCCACGCUUUAACUUUGUGCACACGUUGUUUCGUAUCGGUGCAUACCUAUUUCCGCAUAUUCGUCCACACUUAUUUGCUAAAUUGCCUAAUAAUCCAAACGGCACCACGCCACUGCCUGUGUGGAAAAAGGAGGCGGUGCAACAAUGAUUCAAUCACUCUUUUGUUAAAGUGAAGGCAAAGCGGCAGAUGGAGAAGUGUCGCUAUGAGCCCCCCCUCCGUCCCUCCUCGAACCUAAACCCAGGUCAACCCAACCCCAGGGCGCCCCCAUCUAUUGUGCACAGGUCUACAUGUGCUGCCCUGCUGUCUGAGUUUUGAUUAAAUUUGAAUGCCAAAGGGGUCACACUUAGCUUACGGUGCAAACUUUCACACUGAAAAGUCUUCUUAUCUCUCAGCAGCGCACGCUGAUAAAAAUCACUUCACGGAUUCAGCUCGUGUGUGUUGCAAUCACAGAGAACGUCGAGCGUGUUGUGUUGUGCAACAACAAGGGCAUUAUUGCAGCAACAAAACAAGUGUUUACUUGCAAACACGCAACUUUCAGUUUCUCUCCCGUAUACGUGCGCUCGUGCUAGAUCACGCGGAGAUACGGUGGGAUUGAUACGCUCGCAUUGCCACGAGGCAGGCGCGUGCAAAAUCGAUACGAUCCAUUGUGGCUGCAACACAUCUGCCACACCGGGGCAGUGAGCGGCAGAUGUUGCUUUGGGGGAAGUGGUCCUCGCUUGUGGCCUGCUGCGUCCCACCCCCUCAUUGCAAAGCUGUAAUUGAAGUCAGCUAGAAAGUGCUGCAGGUUAUAAAUAACUGCUGAGGCAUGGAGGAGUUGGAUUAAAUCAGAUCUGCUUCUUCCUACUCCUUUUCGGACACGUUGAAUUGGGUUCUUUUGUGUAACUUUGUUAGGCAUGUUUGAAAUAAACUAUAUCAUAAGUCCAGACUGCACUUAUUUUAUUAUAUUUUAUUUGAUUUUUUUCUGAA